GAUGAACACGGCAUCGCUGGCCCGCUCCUCUCUCUCUCUCUCUAUCUUUCUUGGUGGUGGAGGCCGUGGAGUUGGAUGCACUGUUGAUCCUUGGAAUUCCAGGGUUUCUAGGGUUCCUCUGUUCGCGUUUCUCCCUGGCGUAGGCGGAAUUUGUCAUCUUGGAUUCGAUCCAUAUACUUCGACGCCCCCUUCUUUCUCCUCGAUUCAAUCGACUCUGGCUGCGCGCAGAGGCGGCGACGUCACAUCAGUCGCUUGUAUUGGUUUCCUGCUAUCUUGAUCCUGAUUCCUUUUGUCUUUGUGCAAAAAAGGCCGAUCUUGGAACCCUUAUGGACCCUGAUUUUUGUUCCGACGAAACUCUCUAGUGUAAUCUCCAUACGAAGAGGUCAUCUUACCGUGUUCGCCGUCUAAGUCUCGAACAAAAGGGAGAUCUUUAGUGUUCCUUUUUGGCGAAAGGUUUGAUCUUUGCGGAUGGCCGAUUCGGACAACGAAUCGGGCGGGCAUAACAAUAGCGGUGCGGGGUUGGGGGCGGCGGGGGAGCUGUCGUCGCUGCGGGAGCAGGACCGCUUCCUGCCCAUCGCCAACGUGAGCCGCAUCAUGAAGAAGGCCCUCCCGGCCAACGCCAAGAUCUCCAAGGACGCCAAGGAGACGGUGCAGGAGUGCGUGUCCGAGUUCAUCAGCUUCAUCACCGGCGAGGCCUCCGACAAGUGCCAGCGCGAGAAGCGCAAGACCAUCAACGGUGACGACCUUCUGUGGGCCAUGACUACCCUCGGCUUCGAGGAAUACGUCGAGCCCCUCAAGGUCUACCUCCAGAGGUUCCGGGAGACGGAGGGCGAGAAGGGGGCGGGCUCGUCCUCGUCGUCGCAGCCCCAGCCUGACAGCGGCGCUGCCAUGAGCAUGGCGAACGAUGCGGGCGGUUUCGCCAGUAGCGGCGGUGCAGCGAUGUACGGCGGCGGAAUGACGAUGAUGAUGGGGCAGCAGGUGUACGGCUCGCCGCCUUCAUCGUCGUCGUAUCACCACCACCAUCAGUUGGCCAUGGCAGCAAAGCACACCACGGGGAGCGGCGACGGCGGCGGCGGGAGCUCAACUUCUUCCACAGGGAUUGGAAGACAAGGGAGGAUUUAAGCCAUUGGUAUACACGAAGAUGAUGCACUCCCAUGCUGCUCUUGUUCUCUUAGUCUAUUCUUUCCUUCCUGUAGUGCAACAGUUGCAUGGAUUUGGUGCUGCAAACUUCUCCUCUUCCUGCUGUAUCUGCUUGCAACUAUAUUAUGCUCAGAACCUGUUUGGCAUGGGGAUUUCAUCAUACAUUUUUGGUA